CAGCUGCCGGAGGCGGCCGCGGGACGCGAGAAGGCCGAGGAGCGCGAGUUGGAGGCGACCCUCGCUGCGGAGGGCUUGGGCACUUGCCUGGCGGGGUUGCGGGCUCUCGGGGUGCGAGAGUUGCGCGACGUGCUGCACCUGACGGUGCAGGACCUGGAGGAGGCCGGCCUGACGCGCGUGCAGAGCCGCCAGCUGCAGCGGGCGGCCGGAGCCGCGCCCGACAGCGCCGCCGCGCCCGCCGGCGCGCAGGGGCCGCCGCGGCCCUCGGCGCCGCCCGCUCAAGCGCAGCCAGCGCCCAGCACCGCCGCAGACUUGCUCAGACCGAGGGACCAGCUGCUCAAGGCCGACCAGCCGGAGCAGCCCUCCACGCCGUCGCCCCAGCGGCGGGGCAGCUCGCCCUCGGGCGCCGGGCCCUGCCCGCCGCAGCCCGCGCAGGCCGCCGCCGCCCCGGGCGC